AUGAUCGUAUUAUUUGUGAUCAUCGGAUUACUAUCGGCACCCGCCUUUUCAAAUGGUUCGUCAAAAGAGCCCUCCGAUCUCCAAUUGAUUGCUGAGGACUUCCAAAUCCUGGCCCGUGUCACCAACGCGAUCGCUCUCCAAGCCGAUGCAAUUCGAGGACAACUUAAUGCUCGAGAUGCCAUUGCUGAGUUCCUAAGUAUCGAGAAGCAUGAUUUGGAUGGAAUCAUAGGAUUCGAUCCGCAACCUUUCAUUCCAUAUCUGCAAAAAGUAGAGGAAGAUAUCAAAAACUUUGAAAACAGUGACAAGACUUGGAUGGAGGAGAUUAAGAACUUUGAAAAUGUAUCGAUGGAGUUCGAGGCUUCGAAAAACGCGGAUGUGAAUUUAUCGACUCCGACUUCUUUGCCUGGAGAUUUCCUGGCUUCUUUGCAAAUGUUAAUUGAAUCCGACGAAGCUAAAGACGUUUCUUGCAAGACUACAGUGUUGAGUCCUCUUGUGUCGUUUCUAAAACUCGGCGAAAAGAGCGAAUACAGUUUCGAGGAAAAAUAUAUUUUGGGACCUGCAUUGACCUUCAUUCAGAAACAACCCGACGCCUACAUCAAUUGCAUCCAACUGAUUAUGAAAGUUCAAAAAGCACUUAAUACAAGUCUAGUUUUUCAACUAUAUGAGGAUUAUAUUCGCAUGAAAGAAGUAAUCUCAAAUGUACCCACAGCUUUGGAGGACAUGAAGUCAAAAAUUGCCAAUCUCAAAGCAGGUCUGGCUACUAGCUCGUUUAUGUGGAAUUCUGUAACAGGAAACAUGUCUGGCAAACCUAUGAGUGAACAAAUUUCGAGAGCUCUGGAUGCUCAUAUCCUGCACUCCAAAAGACUGGAUCCCCCACUCGCAGGUCUUACAGUUGCUUUCUUUCGUGCUGCCGAUUUAUUGAAAGUGGCAGAUGAUCUCAAAAGUCCUUGGUUUCAAAAGCACAUUGCCCGUGGAGCGAGCGUGCAAAACUUGACACAUGCUUUGGAGCCAUUCAAUCAAGUUGCAAAAGAUAUUCAACUUUUGGAUAAGCCAUGGAAAGAAUUUAACAGGCUGGAUGAUGAUCAUAGAACGAAGUAUAAAAAAGUUGUUGCUCACUUGAAAUAUCUGGAAGGAUAUACCUUAGAAAGUCUCCAGUCUUUUGCGCAACUGGUAGAUUCGGUGAAUUCAUCGUUUCAUAAUUGUGUCCAGCAGCGGAACGCAACAUUCAUGAAUAUCUACCAAAAGUUUCAAGAGCAACAGAACGUUACUGAAGAGUUGAUGAAGAAUUUCGAUGAUUUUCGAGAAAAAGCUGGCAAAUUCGUGACAGAUCAUUUGGAUGAUCAAGCCAUUGAAAAUUACCAUUGUUUCUACAAACUGAGAAUAGACGACUCAGAAAAUCUGAUGAACAUUUCCUCUGCAGUAGAUUUAAUGUCCAAAAUGAAGAAAGACUUUUCUGAGUGUUUGGAACAAUAUGGAAGUAAAACCGAUAUGUUACAAGUUUUUCUAUCAUUUGAAAGUGUAAGGAACAAUAUGGAGGAGCAAUAUUCCCUCAUUCAAAGAUUUAAUAACAUCACAGGAGGAGCGAAAGUUAAUGUAACGGAAAUUUUGAAUGCGUCCGGUGUUGAGACUUCUUUAAAAUGCUUGAGAGAUGGACCGUACAAAUUGGAAAAAUUUGAUGACUUGAAAGAAGUCAACAAGUUUCUUGGCACCCUCAAUGACAUUCCUCGCCCUAUUGAAGAUGUUAAAGCUACCAUCGAGUAUUUGCAGACUAUAUCCAAGAUCAAAAACGGUUUGGAGAACGUGGAGAAGGAAAUUAAAAGUGUUGGAUCUCGACAAAAACGUGCGACUGCUCAGAGCGAACCUGUUGAUAAUCCAGUGUUGGCGUUGAAUGGAUCGAGACUCGUUGCUGAAAACAUGGCAGUUUGUGCCCUUUCUCUCUGGGAUUUGGUUAUGAUUAGGGAGAAUCGUAACGAACUUUUGACCGUUGGAAAUUUCGAUGCUAAGACCAAGAAUGAUCUGUCGCAGCAAGGUUUGGGUGAAUUCAUGGAGCCAGAAAUAGCCAUGAAGAAGCUUCUGGGAGAAGUGGAAGCCAUCAACAUUGACGCAAAAACUUUACGCGCGAAGAGUCUCUUGGAUAUGGCUCAGAUAUUCGAAGAAGUCGCAAAGAUUCGUGGAAUCCUCGGAAGAAGAGAAAUCUUGUGGAAAAUGCUUAAAAAACCCGAAUACGCACACAACCCUGGAGGCGAUACAAAAAAGUUGCAACUCUUGGUGGAACUUAAUCUAGAUUUCCAAACGUAUGAAUCGAGAACGAAGGACGGUGUCUUCACAGUGAAAGCAUUGAUUUCAUACUUUGAUCAAAUCUUCGGGCAUGUUGUGAAGCCACCAACGGCAACAGUUAUUAUUGAAAAAACAUCUCAUUACUCUUUGUUUGUGAUUGUCGGAGUUUCAAUUGCAAUAUGUCUAGUUGUAUUCAUCGCAGUUAUCGUUGCUUAUGGAUUAACGAAGAAAGGAAAAGAGAGAUACAAGAACCUGUGGCUCUAUUACUUUGGAAAACCCGCGGAUUUUGAGAGAAGAUGGAGAUAUGCAAAAUUCAUGGAUUCAAAGGAUGAUAUUAAUGCUCUAUUGGAUGCAACUCGUGAGACUAACAAGACGAAUUUGGUCAUUGCAUUGAAAAAAGGAGCAUAUGUGAAUGCAUACAAUACUUCCGGGAACACUGCUCUCCACUUUUUAACAAAAUUCGGCCGCUAUGAUAUGGCUCUUGAGCUGGUGAAGAAUGGUGCGGAUCGGACACUUUUGAAUUACAAGAAUCUGACACCAGAGGAAAUGAUUCCGAAAGACUAUAAAAGCCUGCCACCACCCGAAGAUCCGAGUUCCGAGCUUGCUCCGAAAUACGAAGAACUUGCGAAAAUGUACAAAAAGUAUGCGAAUAAGAAGUUCAAGCAGCGCGUGCCAGAAGCGUUCCCAUCCACUUCUUUUCGAAUUUGGUAUGAAGAUAGAACGGAUGAGGAUCUAUCAAACAAGUUCUACGAAAAGUUCUCUUCCAUUACGUCUACGGAACUAACCGUUUCAACCACUCACUGUAUUGUGAAGACAGAUGAGAGGGGCGUGUUGGUGACAGAUGAUAUCAAUCUUCUCAUUCCAAUCUUCCAUGGUAUGAUUAUAGUUCGUGAAAGUUGGAUGGCAGACUGUCUGAAAGAUGAGAAAGUGAUUGAGGAAGACGAGAGAUAUCUCGUGGGAACGGUCAAAUACAAGGGAGUCGAAUACAAUACGGUUCAGAUGUGGACAAAUGCAAUUGCGAAAGCUGAGAUGCCUUUUUUGGUUGGAACUUUCAUGGUAGUGCUUGACCUGAAAUAUGCUAACUUGGCAAUGCUUACUAGACUCAUGAAGUCUCUUGGAUGUGAAAUGCUUUCAGAAUUUCCAAAUCUAGAUCAGUUCAACGUUGGAGCGCGCCCCUAUCUGCACGCAAAUCUUGGACCACUUUUCCUUUUUCACGACGGAUCGAAAGACUUGUUGCAAUACAAAACCGAGUUGUUCUCACAUUUCACUGAAGAACAAUUAAUCGUUUUCCUAUUGAAGAGAGAGAUCAAUCGGGAUACCAGAAAAAAUCCGCCGGAUGUGGUGAAGGAAGUUCCAAUCGAGUAA